AUGGCGCGCGCUGGGAAGAUCCCGGGGGAGACGGGGUUCAACCUGCUGCAGAGGGACGUUGCCCUGUACUACAAGACUGUGCCGGCCGUGGUGAAGCACUCCUCGGAGGCGCUGCUGCUCGUGGUGUCCAACCCCGUCGAUGUCUUCCCCUACCUCGCCUUGCAGCUUUCAGGGUUGGGUUCCAGGCGAGUGGCUUCAUUUGCUCCUCCAAGUUCUGGUUCCUCAUCAACGAGCCCCCCGCCAUCAACACACAGGACGUGCAGUUUGUUUGAUGGUUUCCAGAAGAAGGUAGCAUAUGCAACAGGCCUUCCAGAUACUCUUCAUAUUUGUGAAAGUAUUUCUAAAUAUGCUACCAAGUUUAAUGGAAGAAAUCCUACAAAUGAAAUAGCAAUAAUGUUAGGCAAGGAUUCCCAGACCACCACAGUGUCCCCUUCAACCGCGAACCAGUUUACUGCUGCGCCUCCGCAACCUUAUGGGUCGCCGUAG